AUGAAUGCUCAAUUCACCUUUGUAGGAAGUGCAAGAAUUCUAAGCAAUACUUCCACUGCGACUCCUUCAUCCACAGUACCACAACAUCAACCUCAACAACAAUUCAAAACCAUCAACAUCAUGCCCAAGGCAACAGAUGAUUCUAUAGAGCUCCCCAAGUCCUACGAACAAUGGUCUUACGAUCGAGCGCGAUCCGAAUGUAGCCGUCGUCAUCUCUCAACCACAGGCCUCAAGUAUGAACUCAUCCGCAACAUCGUCAACAACGAUAUCGAGCAACGCGGCCUUCAACCUGUCAUCGUUUAUGACAAUGACAAUGACCCCGACGGCUCCCUGGAGAUGAGAAAGGUCCAUCGGUUGAAGGCGAGGAAAAAGAAGACGGAGGAGCGCUUGAGAGCUUUGAGUGAUCGAGCGGCCAAUCUGAUUGUUACGAAAUGUCCACACAAGACCCAACCCAAUGAAGGCUCUUCCGAAGGCAUCGACGAGUCUGGCGACGUCAGUGAAGGUGAAGCGGGAUUGGAAGGAGAGACUGCUGAGACUUAG